AUGCCUUUUUGGCUACUUUUCGCGGUUUUCCUGUGUUGUGGAUUGUGUGAGAGUGAGGAGAGUGAUUUAGGAUACGGAUUGAAUAUAGGGAACGCCAUCGACGUGUUUGCUAACUAUGGAGACCUAUCACAAGUUACUCAAGUCGUAUCAGCUGAUUAUGAGGAAGACAAUCCGCCGCACGUGGAACCCUUUAGAGAGAAGAAUAUCCGCGUGUUCCUGAAUGUCAGCAGCAGACAGUCUAGCGGCGACUCAAUGGUCGAUAUGAACAUCUUGCUGUGCGAUACUUUUGACGAUCUCUUGGCGACUUAUUUCCAGAAUUUUCGAAUAGAAGGAACAGACAAACCAUGGAAGGCAUUCCUAGGUGAUUGGAUACUGGAUGAAGUUAUGCGAGCAUUUGGAAUCGAAUACGACACGAAACCAGAUAGCUGUUGCUACGUAUUAGUCAAAUUGACAAAAGUGCACAAGUCCGUCCAAAUAGACGAUUUGCGUAACGUUGCCCUCAAAGAUUACGUGAAACGAGCAAUCGAAAGUUUAAACGUCAGCGACCCCACUGAAGUGAGAAAAUUCAUGAAGAGUUAUGGAACGCAUUACAUCGACUCGUAUGUUACGGGAAAUUUUAUUUAUCAGGUGUUUAAAUAUAAACGGACAGGCUACAAUCUUCUCCGCGCGUACAUACGGCAGCGCAACGCGCGCCAUUCCAGCUCAGACAACCUCAGGUUUUACUUCUCAUCGUAUUUCCUCAAACAAGUUGGUGAAAUUAAGAUAGCCAGCGGAAACAAGACAGUAGAGACGUGGGCAAAAGUAAACCUACGAGACAGUCAAUAUUUAUACUCCAGGCCAAGUCUUCUACGUCUCCAUUACAAUCCUAUUCUAGCUUUCAAGCUUAACGACUUGCUCGGCAAUGGCGCAUUAUUAGGUCUCGGUCUGAAGACCCUGAGACCACUUUUUAAAGAACAAAAUAAAGCAAAAAUGUUUGCGGAAAUAGUUGAGAAUGAUAUGAAACUAUGGGAGGUGAAUUCAUAG